UUAUUUUUCCCCCUCUUGUUGCGUUUCUACAUACACUUUAGACUUAGAGUCUCACGGGCGGCGGGGCGAUCGAGCCACGGAGACCUCGUCCGCGUGUGGGGAGCGCCGUUGUUCUGGAUUUAAUUUUCAUAAUUCACAACCAUCAGCCACAGUGGUUGAAUAUUAAAGGAGAUGGGGCUCCAGGAAUCUGGUGGAGGCUACAGAGAGAAAACACAGGAUUUUGUUUUUAAAGUGAUGAAGAGGAUAGAAGAAUAAAGUUGAAAACCAUCAAUUCUUAAAUUCAUAUAUAAAAUUAAACUUUUGGCCUGGGAUAUUGCCAUUUGGAAUUGUCCUUGUGCCUUUGAGGAAAAUGUCCUUGGAUAUAACAUUUCUGGGGACAGGGGCUGCGUAUCCAUCUCCAACCAGAGGGGCCUCAGCUACAGUAAUCCGUUUUGAAGGAGAAUGCUGGCUGUUUGAUUGUGGUGAGGGAACCCAAACACAGUUUAUGAAAAGUAAUCUGAAAGCAGGAAAGAUUACCAAGAUUUUUAUAACUCAUCUGCACGGGGACCACUUCUUUGGCCUUCCUGGACUGUUGUGUACAAUCAGCCUGCAGUGUAGUCCUGACACCAACAAGCUGCCGGUGGAUAUUUAUGGCCCCCUUGGGCUCAAGGAUUUUCUCCAGAGAACCAUGGCGCUUUCCCGUUCCCAGCUGGUUUUCCCUUAUGUGGUCCACGAACUGGUUCCCACACCCAACCAGUGCCCUGAAGAAGAAUGGAAUGAUGUGUUUUCCGGGAAGCGAGAUGAGGUCGCCUGUCCAGAACCACAAGGAGACAUGAUUUAUCUGAAUCCUGCAGACGACUCAUACUUCUUGGUGGAUGGUGGGCCGGUCGUGAUGAAGGCUUUCAGAUUAUUUCAUCGCAUACCUUCCUUUGGGUUUCUGGUGGAAGAGAAGCCACGGACUGGCAAACUCAACACUCAGAAAUUGAAGGAAUUAGGAAUUCCGCCUGGCCCUUUAUAUGGGAAAUUGAAAGAAGGUAUUCCGAUCACUCUGGAAAAUGGGAGAACCAUUUCUCCUACAGAUGUCUUAGAGAGUCCUUUUCCUGGAAGAAAAAUUUGUGUUUUAGGAGAUUGCUCUGGUGUGGUUGGGGAUGGGGUGAUGUCGCUUUGCUCUGAAGCCGAUAUCUUGAUUCAUGAAGCUACCCUGGAUGACAGCCAGAUGGACAAAGCCAAAGAACGUGGGCACAGCACGCCGAAAAUGGCCGCCGAGUUUGCUAAGCUGUGCAAAGCAAGGAAAUUGGUCCUCUCUCAUUUUAGUCAAAGGUAUAAGCCCGCAAAUCAGGUAGGAGAAGGAGACGCAGACGUUACAGAGCUGAAGAAGCAAGCCGAGAUGGUUUUGAACGGACAAGAAGUGGUGCUGGCUGAGGAUUUUAUGACCAUUACUAUCCCCGUUAAAAAACCCAAAAUAGGGCUUGCCGGACAACAAAAUGAAAAUUAAUUUGGCGGGUGUGCAAAAUGUUUCCAGCUCUGACACUGUCUUUCAGGGGAUCAUCUUGGAAAGGACUGAAGGAAUUUGGGUUUGAAUUAAGAUGGGCCUCUUUGUAUGAACAUCUGUUCUUUAUUGCGCCCAAUAUUUCUGAUUAUUAUUACCUUUAUUGUCAGAGUACAACAUGUGCACAAUG